AUGCGAAUGCUCACGCGAUCCGCAUCUGCAACUGAUUCCGCCUUGGAGCUUCAGAGUUGCAAGGCCAAAAUCAAGGUCUGUAGUAAGGCCAGUGACUGGCAAGGCUCACUGAGCCUACUCGACAGGUUCAGAAAGGGUUUGGGACAAGCGGACGGCAUCAUCUAUGGCUCUGCCAUUCAUGCUGCCGCGAGCUGUGCUGCAUGGUCCUUGCUGCUUUCAAUUCUGUUGGAGAUGCUUGGGUCUGAGUUGGUGCCGCAAGUGAUCAGCUUUAAUAGCAUCUUGACUUCAUGCGAUCGGGGCAGCGGUUGGCCCCAUGCCCUCGAUGCCUUUGCCCACAUGUCAAGGCUACGGGUGGAGGCAAAUGUGGUCACGUUCAACGCCUGCUUGCAUGCAGGCGAGAAAGACUCUUGUUGGCCCGGGUCGCUUGCGUCACUGCUCAGCAUGGGCAGCCGGCGUAUCUGUCCAGAUGCCAUCAGCUACAGUACUUGCAUAGGCUGCUGUGGCGAAUCGGAGGAAUGGUCCAUCGCUUUGGGCCUCUUGGUGUGCAUGGAAAGAGGCCAAGUAUCUGGCAAUGUGGUCAGCGUAAGCAGCUGCAUCAGUGCGUGUGCUGGCAGCAGCCAGUGGCAGGCCGCGCUGGCACUUCUGUUGCAGAUGAGUGACUCUGGGGUUGUUCCAAACGUAGUCAGCUACAGCAGUUGCUUGAGUUCCUUAGAAAAAGCUGGAGAAUGGGAGAGAGCAAUACACCUGCUGGAGAUGAUGUCUAAGCUGGAGGUAGAGCCCAACAUCAUAACUCUGAGCAGCUGCAUCAGCGCAUGUGAAAAGGCAGGAGAGUGGCAGAAGAGCCUUCAGCUCCUGAACAGCCUGGAAUCGCGCAGGAUUCUGCCCAAUGUGCAGACAUGCAAUGCAGCCAUUUGUGCCUGUGCACGAGCUGGUCUACUGUCUUCUUGCCAACAUAUAAUGGGCCAAAUGACAAGCGCGAAUCUGUCACCGAGUGCCAUAAGCUACAGCAAUUGCAUCAACGCAUGUGAAGCGGGCGGUGUCUGGCAUGUGGCCUUACAUUUCCUCGCAGACAUGGCAGUGUUAGGGAUUCUGCCGAAUGUGGUCGCACAUAGCUCCUGCAUGAGUGUGUGUGAGAAAGCUGGAAACUGGGGCCUGGCCCUCAAGCUUUUCUUUGAAACGGGCAGACAUGGCGGAGUUUCGGCCAACUGCUUUUCUUGCAACACAGCAAUCAGUGCCUGCGAGAAGGGGGGGCUUUACAGAGGCGCCCUGAAGCUACUUAGAAGUGCUAUUGCUUGUGGCCCCCAGCCAGAUGUCAUCAGCUUCAAUGCAGCGAUCAGUGUGUUAAAGCAGGGCACACGGAGGCUCUGGAAGCCUGCUUUGGACAUCCUGGGGAGCAUGAUCGAGCUGAGUGUCCGGCCGACGAAAAUCACCCUCAACACAAUUAUGAGUAUCAGCCAUGGUAGAUGGCUUGUGACACUGCGCCUGCUCGAGGGCAUGGACCGCUUCCAGUUGGUUCCUGAUCUCAUUAGCUGGGGCUGUUGCAUGCAGGCCUGUGAGGCCAGCCAUUGCUGGCAGAUUGCCCUGCACCUCCUGACAGAACUGAGUGGGACCGAGCUGGUACCAAACACGCCCUGCUUGGGUAUUGGUGUCCACGCCUGUGAACUUGGCGGUCUUGGCCAUGCAAGCUUGAAGCUGCUGGCAGACAUAGAACAGAUGCAGCUGCUUCAGCUUCGCCAACCCCAGGCAUUCCUGGCAGCUGGAAAAUCUUCGCGCUAG